AUGGAGAAUAAAGGGAACAGUGGUGACAACUCACACAUUCAUGCAAUUCUGGAGCCAAUGCAGAUCAAGUUUGAAAAGUACUGGACCAACAUGAAAGAAUUUUCUGCCCUGAUUACAAUUUUUGACCUCCUCUACUUCCACCUUGCUAAUGAAGAAAGGGAGGAUGCAGCCACUGAUGGUAUCAAGCAGCUGAUCAAGAAGGUGUUUUUUGGCUGGCUUACUAGCUACACUAGCAAUAUUAGUAACACCAGCACAGGGGACUCAUUCACCAAUCUUCACUUCAGUGCCUCAACAAGAAUCCAGAUGUACUGCAAAGCUGGACCUCUACCUUUGAGAACCACUGGUGUAUUGGGUGCUGAAGGCUUCUUCACCAACUGA